GUCUUGUGUUGGAGUUUGAAUACCUAUAAUGUGACAAAGAAUGGUUUAUACUCUGAUAACUUUUAAUAUAUGGUAUUUUGUUAGAAAUGCAAGGAGAUAGAAAAAUGCAAGGAGCAGGAGAUGUGCAAGGAGCUGGAGGAAUUGGAGAUAUGCAAAAUACCUCAAGUGGGCAACACACACCAAUUGCCAAUGAUCCUUCUCAACCAAAUCAACAAACUACAACAGCACACAAUCUUCCACCAACUGGCCUAAAGAAAAGAAGACUUGAUGAAAAUGGUAACAUAAAGAGAUCUGAGGUAUGGGAUCACUUUAACCUUAUUCCUGAUAGUGACCCCCCAAUUACUGAAUGUAAGUACUGCCACAAAAUGUAUAUGCAUGACUCUAAGAAACAUGGAAGAUCAAACUUAAAGAGUCACAUGAAAACAUGCCUCAAGUAUGCAUUGAACGUGUCUAUCGACCCUACCCAAAGAAUCUUGUUAUAUUCAACAACUAAGGGAAAUAUGUUGGUUCCAUUAAGUUCUAGGUUUAACCAUGUAGUUUGCAUAAAUGGAUUCAUGUAG